AUGAACGGCGGAGCCAAGACUCGGGUUAGAACAAUUGGAGGAGACUCAGAACAUUUCCCAGUUGAGAUAAGGCUGCACCAGGGAUCAGUCCUAAGCCUUCUCCCUUUUGCCUUGGUGAUGGAUGAGCUGACGCGGUCUAUUCAGGAAAGGGUCCCAUGGUGUAUGUUAUUUGCGGAUGACAUAGUACUGAUUGAUGAGACGCAGGAUAGAGUUAAUGCGCAGUUGGAGGUGUGGAGACAAACGCUGGAGUCCAAAGGUUUCAGGUUGAGUAGGACCAAAACAGAAUAUUUGGGGUGCAAAUUUAGUGAUGUGUUGGAUGAGACAGAUGUGGAAGUGAGACUCGACGCACAGAUCAUUCCUAAGAAGGAAAGUUUUAAGUAUCUUGGGGCUGUAAUCCAAGGGAGUGGUGACAUCGACGAUGAUGUCACACAUCGCAUUGGGGUUGCUUGGAUGAAAUGGAGGCUUGCCUCUGGAGUACUGGGUGAUAAGAAAAUCCCGCCUAAACUUAAAGAUCACAUUCCCUUGUACAAUGCCUAA